GAGGUAAAGCUGCUUAGCUCACAGAUUGUGUUGGGCUAGCAGACCGAACAGCCGCUCCGGGGGUGGAUUUUACCAGAAAUCUUGCGCUCUUCUGGGUUUAAAACCCAAAGCAGUCACCAACUAUGUGUGGCUGUUGCGGAGACUCGGAUGUUGAGGAGAAGGCCAAUCUCAGCACAAGAGUAAAGAAUCGAGGAUGUACAGACAUUGUCUUCUUAUUCGUCUUUGUGGCAUUCUGGGUUGGCAUGAUUUACAUUGCUGUGUUUUCAAUAAGCAAUGGAGAUGCGAUGCGAUUAGUGUAUGGCUAUGACAGCUAUGGAAAUACAUGUGAUGAGCUCAACAACCCCAUUCCUAAUGUCACCUUAUCGGGACAAAACAUGAAAGGCAGACCAUAUGUCUUCUUCAUGAAUGGCUACAAUCCGGAGAGUAGCAAGGCUGUGUGUGUUGCCGUGUGUCCAGACCAGCAGCUGGACUUCCAGGAGAAUGUGCAGGCCUUCUCCAUGCGUACUGGCUAUGGGCUGUGUGAUUAUGACAUACCGGUGGAUGAUUACACUACAGGGGGCUGGAGGGAUGAAAGCUGUCCCAGUCUACCUGUGCCUGCUAGCGUGCCUGUGCUCAACCGCUGUGUUCCCAAGGAGAUCCCAAAACAGUUUAUUGAUUUUCUCAAUAAGUCGGAUAUUUUUGCGAAAAUCCUCGGAGACCUCUACAGAAGCUGGAGAGAGAUGGUGGCACUUUGUUUUAUAGCUCUAGCUGUUGCUUUUCUCAUGGUGUUGGUGUUGAGAUUCCUGGCAUCUGUCAUUGUGUGGGCAAUCUUGGGUAUCGCUGUGUUAGCCAGUGUUGUUGGGACAGCUUUUCUCUGGUGGAUGUAUGCAUCUCCCAGUAAAACUGUACAGGACAGCUCUCAGAACAUCAUUCUUCUGGAUGUGGAUAUUUACAGCCAAAAAGCCUUCUUGGCUUACUCCAUAAUUGCUACAAUCUUGACGGUAAUUUUACUCCUGGUCAUCUUUGUCCUGAGGAAGCGUAUUGCUCUGACUGUAGCCCUAUUUCAUGAGGCAGGCAAAUGCUUAGCCAGCAUCCCAUGUCUACUCUUCCAACCACUGUGGACAUUCGUAGUACUUUUUCUAUUUCUGAUCUACUGGACAGUUGUACUGGCCUACCUGUCCACUGCAGAGUAUCCCAGUGUCAACGGUCAUGGGCUGGUCAAAUAUGAAGAACACAACAUGGUGUCUUACUUCUGGUGGUACCAUGUGAUUGGCUUGAUCUGGAGCAGUGAAUUCAUCAUUGCAUGUCAGCAGUUUGUCGUGUCAGGAACUGUAGCCAGCUGGUAUUUUGCUGCAGAGAAAAAUGAGGUUAAUAGCUGUGCCAUUUGUGGUUCAGUUAAAAACCUUUUUUUCCACAUGGGAUCCAUUGCAGCGGGAUCCUUCAUCAUUACCCUUGUCAAAUUCCCCCGGAUGCUGCUGAUGUAUCUACAGAAAAAAUUUAAAGGCAAAGAGAAUGCUUGUGCAAAAUACUGUUUGAAGUGCUGUUCAUGUUGCCUUUGGUGCCUGGAAAAAUGUCUCAAAUUUCUGCAUGCAAAUGCAUAUACAUAUAUAGCAAUCAGAGGGACCAACUUCUGCUCAUCUGCCAGAAAGGCUUUCACAACAAUAGUAAACAACGCCCUCCGAGUAGCAGCUAUCAACAGUAUUGGGGAUUUUGUUCUUUUUCUGGGGAAGAUUGGCGUGGCAGCAGCCACAGGUGCUAUAGCUAUUGUCUGGUUAAAGAAGAAGGAUGAUCUCCACUUUUUUGCCAUCCCAGUUCUAUUGGUGGUUGUAUUUGCAUAUUUUAUAGCCAAGUGUUUCCUCUCUGUAUAUGAGAUGGUGGUGGAUGCUUUGUUACUGUGCUUCUGUGAGGACACAGAGAUGAAUGAUGGCUCACCAGAGAAACCCUACUCCAUGGACACGUCAUUAAUGAAAUUUGUGACCAGCAGUAGUAAGAGGCUAGACCAUCUCAGAAAGCCUGACCCCGAGGCCUCUGAGGAGGAAAGUGAACCUGCCCGUGUGUAGCAGAAAAUCUGGACACAUCAUCACCACACAUCGUCAUGUGCCUAAAACUAUCAUCCACCACCUGUCAUCAGGCCACAAAUCUUGUGCUGCUCAAACUCCAAGAGAUUUUAUUCGUUGCCCAAGUGUGUGUGUGUGUGUGUGUGCAUCGUGUUGUUGUGGCUAUUCAACGGAUCCAUGCAUUUUACUGUGUACUUCACCUGUUCAUGGACAUUUGAACCGAAUCGUUUAUUGUUCAGAGCUAAGCACAUCGGUUCAGGGGGAUAUGAUACCAGUGUUGUGGCUUACAAGUAUCGCAUUUUCAACACGAGUGAAAUAUAACCAACAUGGGAAGGACUCUACCUGUGAUUGACAAUGUGUACAGCUCUGUUCAUAGUGGAUGUGACAUAUCAUUACAUAUAUAUGUAUGUAAAUAUAAGUAUAGAUCAUUGCCGUUGUUAUCAUUCUCAAGUGUUUUAACAUGUCGUCAAUGAACAGCGAAUUCAACUUUUUGCAAAAUAUAGCUUGUUUGACAAACUCUUUCCAACAAGUAUUAAUAAUACAUGUAUACCACAGUUAAUGUUGUAUAUUUUUGUUUCUGGCUGCAUUGAAAGGAAAGGAAACACCUUUAAAUAAAGUAUGCAAUGUCUAAUAGACUAAUUCAUGCUGAUUCCAAAUAUGGUCUUUAUGAUGUGUGUAUAGUGGAUGGAAUUACAGUCUGUUUAGCAGGAAAAAAGAAUUUUUGAUAUACUUUAUUGUAUUCAUUGUGGCCAAUGUAGCUCAGUGUUUGUUACAGUAGUAGCAAUUAAGAAAAAUUGCUUGGAAUUUUAAAGAGAAAAAUCUUAAAAAGCAUAUUUGGCAUCUGCGCGAAAUGUCCUUUCUGAUUAGACGUACUUUUAUAUUUAAUGGUGUAUUACUGUCUUUUAGCAAAAUCCAUCAAUCAAAAUGUAACAUUCUUUGUUGUCUGAAGAGAUAUGGCUGUUCAGCAGAUUGUCAAUGAAUCACGUGUGAAUUGAUGCAUAUAUAUAUAUAUAUAU